AUGCUCAAAUCCACAUACACUCCUCCACCUCCCCUGCCUCCAGGCUGGACGGAGCAUCGAGCACCUACUGGUCAUUUGUACUUUUAUAAUACCGUUACAAAACAGUCGACGUAUACCAGACCAGUUGCGCAAACUCCUCAAACCGCACCGACCGGCAACGAAGUAUCACCAGCAGCUCCGGCCUAUUCGCCCGAAACACUACCACCUUUCUCCUCAACGCCAUAUGCCCCUGCGGGCUACCAACCCGGGACAGCACAGUAUGGUCAACUUUACUCACAAAACAACCAUGGACGAGGUGGUUUCCGUGGUGGGAAAGGAUAUCAAGAUCGAGGUCGGCGGGAGCCUCAAGAUCGUCCGAAGUCUAAGCAUGCUAUUCCUGAUUGUGGGCCGUGGGUUCUCGUGAAGACCAAGUUAGGUCGGCGGUUUGUGCAUAAUCCCGAGACCAACGAAAGCUUCUGGAAAUUUCCACAGGAAGUGCUCAAGGCCGUCACUGAAUUUGACCGGGUAGAACGCGAGAAGAAGGCGAGAAUUGAGCGCGGUGAAGAGCCGGAAGAACAGCGCAAGGCAGAGACACCUAAGGCGAGACCAAGUCCUAGUACCGAUGAUAAACCCGCAUCAGAAAACCGUGCAUCACUAGAAACUCCAGAAGGCGCUGAAGACAGCGAAGAAUACGAGGAGGUGGAGGUGACGGAUAGUGAAGACGAGGAGAACCAGCCGUCAAAGCGUGCGCGAACCGACAGCGAAGGAGCGCAAAACCAGCCCGUCGAGUUUACCGAGGAAGACAUGGAAUAUCAACUCGCAGCCAUGGGUGAAGAGUACGGACUGGAUCCUGGCGAAUAUGGCGAACUUGGAGAGGAGGACUGGGAAACACAGGGCCUUCCACUGACCGAAGCUGACGCCGAAGCCUUGUUCCGUGAUUUGCUGGAUGACUACAACAUCAAUCCAUUUACGACAUGGGAAAAAAUUAUUGAGGAAGGUCGUAUCAUCGAGGACUCCAGAUACACUGCGCCCUCGAACAUGAAAACUAGACGGGAAAUAUUCUCGAGCUGGAGCAAAGACCGCGCGAAAGACGUCCAAGAGCGAAAGAAAAACCAAGAGAAGCAAGAUCCGCGUAUCAAGUACCUGGCUUUCCUUCAGGAACAUGCAACACCCAAGCUAUACUGGCCCGAGUUCAAACGCAAAUUCCGAAAAGAGCCAGAGAUGAAGGACUCGCAGCUUCACGAUAAGGAUCGAGAGAAAUUCUACCGUGACUAUAUCUCACGACUUAAGGCUUCUGAGAGCACCCGGAAAUCAGAUCUUUCUGCCCUCCUCAAAUCCGCACCAGUACAUGCUCUCAAUCAGUCGUCCACCCUCGAGACUCUCCCUACAGUUAUUAUAACUGACGUUCGAUACAUUGCGCUCCCGCCCAGAGUCCGCGAUCCCUUGAUCGAGGCAUACAUAUCUACGUUGCCUCCGGCACCAGAAGUACAGUUGACUGCAGAAGAACAAGAAGAACUUGAACGGAAACGAAGAGAACGCGAGAAGCGCGAGAAAGCACUGGCGGAGCGCGAGAAACGGGUUGAAGAAGACAAGCGCAGACAACGUUUUGAACUCGUGCGCGGCAAGCAUCUUCUCAGAGAAGGUGAGGCCGAGAUUGCCGAAGCCAUGAGAAUUAAAAAGGACGGACUGCGCACCCACAUGGAAUUGGAUGAAGCUCCAGCGAGCGAGCAAGACAAAGCCAGUCAAUAA